AUGAGGCAUGCCUUUUUGGAUUUCACAAGCACUGAAGACUAUUCAGACACUGUAAAGCUUUUAGAAUCAGUAGAAUUCCAUGGUGUUAAGCCAAGUUAUCGAACAAUCGUUGGACAUACUGAAAAUGUAAUCACAUCUAAGCAUUCAAAAAAGUUUCUAAAUAACCCCAAUUGCCUAAGAAUUCGAAAUCUACCGUAUUCACUUACUGUGAAUGAAAUUAAGAAAGAAUUUCCCAUGGUAAUUCAUGUCCACUUGGAUGUAAAUAAAUCCGGAAUUUUUAAUGGAUCUUGCAUAUUAGAACUGAAAAAUAGGGAAGAUAUGCAGGUUGUCUUGGAUAAUUGUAAACACAAAUAUAUUGGUGGUCGCUUAAUCAGAGCAGAUGUUUGUCAUGAAUCGAAGUUCAAACCUGACAAACCUAUCCAUUCAAGUGUUGUUUACGGUUUAAAGCUUCGAGAUGUACCGUGUGUUAUUAGUGAUGAUCAGAUUAGAGGACUCUUUCCUGAGAAGUCUUUGACAGGAUUAAGCUCGAAAUUGGGAAGUGAUUCUGCCACCACCAGAAAUGUGUUUAUUUUCUUCAAAAAGAAUGCUCAACGAAAAUCUGCUUUGAAAAUGUUCAAGAAAGAAGUGAUCAUGGGAUAUCCUAUUUCAUGUCGAUUGUGGGUUGCUGCUAACCAAAGACGUAAUUGUCGGAAGAAAGAAAGAAGCAUAUCGAUUACCCCGAGCACCAUGAAUUCAAACUCAAACAUACCCGGGAGACGUGAAGAAAAGCCGAAUUCUGAUCUACAUGGAAAUGUCUCCACAACUAGUAAGAAACACAUUGUGUUUGAUUCUGACAUACCCGGGAGACGUGAAGAAAAGCCGAAUUCUGAUCUACAUGGAAAUGUCUCCACAACUAGUAAGAAACACAUUGUGUUUGAUUCUGACUAUGAGUAA